AUGUACAGGGAAGAUCUGUUUUCAUCCAUAUUUAAUGCCACAUUUGUUCGACCUGCUAAGUUCUAUCUUGGUGGGUUUUACAACAUCCCUCAUGUUAAGUAUUAUUAUGUCUUCCUGUGCUUUAUGUACAUUGUGACUGUCCUUGCCAAUGGUUCUCUCCUCUCUGUUAUCUACCUGGUGAAGACUCUCCACACUCCUAAAUACAUAAUAGUGUUCAGUCUGGCUUUGGCAGAUCUGUGUGGGAGCACUGCUCUCAUCCCAAAACUCUUGGACACAUUUUUGUUUGACAGGAGGUACAUUGUUUAUGAGGCAUGCUUAACUUACAUGUUCUUUGUUUUGUUUUUUGGCAGUAUACAGUCAUGGACGCUUGUCACAAUGGCAUAUGACAGAUUAAUUGCAAUUUGCUUUCCAUUAAGGUACCACAACAUUGUAACUGCAAAAUCUGUAGUUGCAAUACUGCUUUGUUCAUGGAUCAUUUUGAUCAGUGUCUUAGCGACUAUGGCUGGGUUUAUUAAUCGCCUCUCUUUCUGUAGAUCUACAGAGAUUCAGAGCUUCUUCUGUGAUCAUGGACCUAUCUUUCAACUGGCCUGUAAUGAUAAAUCCUACAGUUACAUAAUGGCUACUGUUGGCCUAAUUGUCAUCGUGUGCAUUCCCCUCAUACUAAUUUCUGGCUCUUAUGUUUGCAUUUCCAUCACUCUGGCCAGGAUUACUUCUAGAGAAGAACGACUCAGAGCUCUAAAGACAUGUACUUCUCACUUGAUUCUUGUCGCCAUUUUUUUUCUUCCUUUUGUAGGCACCAACAUAGCUGUGAUAACUUCCUAUAUUGAUACAAAUGCAAGGAUCAUGAAUUCUAGCUUUACGUUCACAGUUCCUCCUCUGCUUAAUCCUAUUAUCUACUCUUUGAAGACAGAAGAAGUAAGGAAUGCUUUUAAGAAGCUUUUCAAGAGUAAUAAACUCAUUGAAACAGCUGCAAAAUAA